AUGUCGACUUCGUCUGCCAAAUCAAGCUUCCAAGGUGGUCCAACAUCGAGAAAGAAAAGAAUAGUUAGAUGUGGAUGUGGAGAUGUGUGCAAGGUAUCUGUUGCUCGAACACCUGAGAACUAUGGAAAGAAGUUUUACGGGUGCCCUAAUUACAAGGUGGAAGAAGAGGACUGUGGUUUUUUCAAAUGGUACGAUGAAGAAGAUGGCCACAUUAUCGACCCAACUCACACAAAGCAGGGGCAGGGGCAGGAGCAUGGACAGUUGAAGACUUUGGUAGAAAUAAUUGUAGGUCUCUUAGUUCUUAUUUUGGUAAUGGUGACAAUAGUUGUUUUGAAGAUGUAA